AGGGCCGGCCCUUGAUAUUGUUUCAGCAACACAAACACAAAAACCAACAUCAACACUAAAUCUUUUCAUUCAUUCAUUCAUUCAUUCAAAUUUCAUAGUCGCAACUCAACUCAUAUUGUCAAUAGCAGUAACAUGGGAAGGUCCCCUUGCUGCGAGAAAGCCCACACAAACAAGGGCGCCUGGACCAAAGAAGAAGACGAUCGCCUCAUAGCUUAUAUUCGAGCACACGGCGAGGGGUGUUGGCGCUCUCUCCCCAAAGCCGCCGGCCUUCUCCGCUGCGGCAAGAGUUGCCGCCUCCGUUGGAUCAACUAUCUCCGCCCUGACCUCAAACGUGGCAAUUUCACCGAAGAAGAAGACGAACUCAUCAUCAAACUCCACAGCCUCCUCGGCAACAAGUGGUCUCUAAUAGCUGGAAGAUUGCCCGGUAGAACAGACAAUGAGAUAAAGAAUUAUUGGAACACUCACAUAAGAAGGAAGCUACUGAGCAGAGGAAUUGACCCUGCAACUCAUAGGCCUCUCAACGACCCUUCUCCUUCUCCAAAUCACAAUAAUAAAGAAGCUGCUGCCGCUGCCGCCGCCGCCGCCGCCACAAUAUGUUUUGCUGCUAAACAAGAGGAAAAGGACAAUACCAACGCGUGCGUGUUCGUCGAGAAUAAAGAUUCCAAAGGACCCACUUUGGAACGCUGCCCUGACUUGAAUCUUGAGCUGACAAUUAGUCCUCCUCGUCAGUCUCAGUCUCAGUCUGAUCAGCCAUUGAAGAGAACCCUUUGCUUUUCUUGCAGUUUGGGUUUGCAGAAUAGCAAGGAUUGCAGCUGUGGGAUUAACGCUGCUAGUGCCAACGCCCCUUCUUCUGGUUAUGAUUUCUUGGGCUUGAAAACCCGCGUCUUGGAUUACAGAAGCUUGCAAACCAAAUCAAAUUACUCAAAGAACUAAAUUCAUUAGUUUUUCUUUUCUAAUUUGUAUAAUUAAUUAAUUAGUUAGUUGUUGAUGCAAAAGAUACAGUGCCGGUACAGUUCUUGCCCAAUGUUUUCCCCCUUUUUUUAUGAAUUGGAAAAAGCACAAUUAUU